AUGACGACUCACGAGAAAACGAGUGUCGCUCCCUCACUAGACAGCGCUCAGAAGACGGAUAAUGCAACUCCCGAUACCAGCGUGUACGGAAAUGACCCCGAAAAGCAAACGCCAAACUCCCUUGCUACUGGCCCGGCGCCCGCAACGCCAGCAAUUGGACCGCCGCCAGAUGGAGGCGCGCAAGCAUGGCUCGUCGUGCUGGGAGCUUUCUGUGGAUUGUUUGUUAGCUUCGGCUGGAUCAAUUGCAUCGGAGUCUUCCAAACCUACUACGAAAGUCAUCAACUGAGCAGUUACUCCACCAGCACAGUAACAUGGAUCACCUCUCUAGAGACGUUCGUGAUGUUCUUCUGCGGCCCAAUCUUCGGCACAAUCUUCGACAGCCACGGUCCCCGCACCAUUCUCCUCGCCGGCACCUUCCUACACGUCUUUGGUCUAAUGAUGACCUCCCUCUCAACAGAGUACUACCAAUUCAUCCUCGCGCAAGGAAUCUGCAGCCCCAUCGGCGCAAGCGCCAUCUUCAACGCCUCCGUCAACUCCGUCAGCACCUGGUUCGCCGCCCGCCGCGCCUUCGCCCUCGGCGUCACAGCCGCCGGCUCCAGUCUCGGCGGCGUCAUCUUCCCAAUCAUGGUCACCAAGCUGAUUCCCGAAGUCGGGUUUCCCUGGGCGAUGCGCAUCUGCGCUUUCCUCAUCUUGUUCAUGUUGGGUAUUGCCAAUAUGACCCUCAAAUCGAGACUCCCGCACCGGCCUAAGCCGUUUGAUAUCUUGAGUUUCGUGCGGCCGCUGGCGGAGUUGAAGUUUGCGCUUACGCUCGCGGGUGCGUUUUGUUUCUUCUGGGGUAUGUUCUUGCCGUUCACUUUUGUGAUUACGCAGGCGGAGCGAUAUGGCAUGUCGGAGAACUUGGCUGGAUAUUUGAUUCCGAUUCUCAAUGCUGCUAGUAUCUUUGGUCGUACGUUACCUGGCUACCUAGCCGAUAAAGUCGGUCGCUACAACACGAUGGUAAUCACGAUGUUCUUCUCCGCGAUCCUCGUGCUUGCGCUGUGGUUGCCAUCACGUGGAAAUGUCCCCGCUAUCAUUUUCAGCGCCCUGUAUGGUUUCGGAUCUGGGGCGUUCGUCUCCCUUGCGCCGGCUUGCGUUGCACAGAUCUCGGAUCUGCGGCAGGUGGGCGUUCGCAACGGCACGUUCUUUGCGGUGAUCUCGUUUGCGGCGUUGACUGGUACUCCUAUUGGAGGUGCUUUGGUGCCGGAUGUCUUGCACGGGGAUUACACGCACUUGCAGAUUUUCUGUGGUGUGGUGAUGAUUGCGGGGGCCAGUCUGUUUGUUCUGGCGCGUGGUGUCAUUGGUGGAUUUAAGCUUAAUAAGGUGUGA